AUGGUGAAUGCUAUGAAAGGAGUUCUUGUCGAAUGUGAUCCAGCAAUGAAGCAAUUCCUUCUCCACUUGGAUGAAACUCUUGCACUUGGUAGAAAGUUUAUUCUUCAAGAUCUAGACGAAACUCAUCUGUUCAUAUCAUCAGAUAUAAUUGAUACAUUACAAGCUCGUGUGGAUGAUUUAAUGGACCAACUUAGUUUUCCAAUACAUGAUAAAGGACUGUAA